ACGGCCACGACGGGAGGCCCCGAUGUCCACCGUCUUGGCUUCCACUUUGCUUGUUUCCUUCCUUCCAUUUCAACUUCAGUUCUCGCACCUGUAAGUUGAUGCAGUGCGCUUUUCCAACUCUCGCGUUCGGAUUGGAAGGUAAAAAACAGAGUACCUUCAUGUAUUCGUUACACUUUCCAGAAUCCGAGAGUCGCCUCACUCAACAUCCGACCACACAUUUGUUGACUCAUUGUACACAUCAAUACUUACCUUUACCGCACUUAUUGACGAUAUUCGCAUCGAUACGCUUUAGGCAAAGUCUCGCCGGGCAAGACAUCUUUUUCGGUGUUUUCUCACAUAAGAUGGGCCAACAAGACCAUUGGGUUUGCAGUGCAGCCACACUCGUCACUUGUCGUGUCCAAAGGCAUGGACUAAAGUGAUUGCGGCACAUGUAUCACACACCUCCAGCCUCCACGCUUCGCAACACCACGCAAUCGAUCAUUCUCGGACUUAUCGUGGUCAAUAACAAUAACUCGCACUCCUCUUUCACGGAUUUUUAGGGCGAUAUAUCCGCCUUUCAGGGCCAAUCUCGUCAACGUCUGCACUACGCAACCAUGUCCGAGUCGUGCUAUGUGUAUUGCCCAGACGGAUCUCGGCUGCUGGAUCAGCCUGUAUCGAUCCUGGCGAUGCAAGUUGGCCGAUGGAUUUGUGGUUGAGACCCUACUUCCAUACCUUCCAUCUCACCCUUUGACAUCCUUGGGCGAACAGUGAAUUCCUCCGUGUGGGGGUACUUCACCACCUUCGUUCCCUCAGCAGGCUUGCCAACGUGGUCACUUGUAGCUUGUCAGCUACAGACAUUGGAGAGAUGGCCAUUCGCGUGUCAGCCUUUGCUAGUUUAGGCCUUAGCGUAGGUUGAAUAAGACUCCGUGAACUAAAAGAUCCCAUAUACCAUUGCCCAUCUCGUGUCAUCAAAUUCAGUCCUCUUCUCUUUGUUCUUUGUAAACACUGCGUGUACCAGACUGUCAACAUCAACCACUAUCAAGAUGGGGGACACUCUUGAAAAACCAGAUUUCCGACCCAUCUUUACCCCAACCAAGCAACGCCCGCUUGGGACUCCUCCGCACAAGGAGACCAUCAUCAAAGAUGCUUUCAGACUUCGCACUCUGAUGGCCAUGGGCGCGCUCGCUCAGAUCGUCCUCUUCGCCAUUCUGCCUUACCGUUAUGCCGUCGUCCCCGUCUUGAUCCUCACUCUCCACUCGAUCGGUUCGACCAUCGGCCAAAUGCUCUUCUACAAGACCAACCAGAAUCCGUACAUGGCCGAUGUCAUUCAGGGUUCUACCAGCAGCCAGCCUCCCUCAUGGCAAACCGGUCGCUACCCCAAUGCGCCGUGCUCCAGCUCCAUCGUCGUCUUCCACCUCGGCGUCUCCUACAACCACCCGCUGGGCCCCGCUAGCCCCGGCGCCUACGAACUCUUCACCCACUUCAUGAACAUGAGCAAGGCCAUAAACGAGAAAAAGGAAGAGUACGGCCUCCUAGGCAUGUCCAGUUGGAAGCAGACCAAGCGCGCCACCCAUAACGCCGGCAUGUCGGUGUUUUACUUCCGCGAUAUCGAGGGAUUGCACAAGUUUGCGCACGACAAGGAGCACCGCGACGGCUGGGACUUUUUGCAAGCGUUUCGCAAGAAGGGAUACAGCCACAUUACGGCGCUGCACGAGACCUUUGAGGUGCCUGCCGGCGCGUGGGAGUCGAUCUACCUGGAUUCGCCACCUACUCUUAUGGGAGAUACGACUGUCAGGAUGACGGAGAAGGAUGGGAGCGCAACUUGGUAUCAUAGUCUUGUCGAUGCGUCGGUAAGGCCAUUGACGGGAAUGAUGAACAGGAUGGCGAGGGGUAAGGCGACUGCGAGAGAGGGAUACGCUUAGUAGAGUUGGGUUGCGGGUUGAUAGAUGGAAGUGUUGAGACGGAGGUAAAAC